AUGUGCAAGCCUUUAAAGGUUGCGCUGGAAGACCGAUUGGCCGAGUCUGGAUUGAAAUUGAAAAGCAGGGCCCAGGACAAAAUUGAUGCGUGGGUCGAUGUAAUCAUGAUGUCGUUUCUACAUUCGCACUAUUCUGAGUGUGUGAAGUCGGAGCUGGAUCUAUUUACCGUACCACCUACCCAAACAUGUAUUGAAAAUUCUCAAUUUAUUUAUUACAAUCCUGUAUGUAUGCUCUCGGACAAUGCCCCCAUUGAAUUCAUCGUACCAGUCCAUGGAAAAGAAUAUAUUGAUUUGGCACAUACCAUAAUCAAAGUUGGCGACAGAAUCCUGAGACCCGAUGGCUGUGCUGCUCUUGAGGACUCUGUUGGCCCUGUGAAUAAUGUUUUACCAUCACUGUUUAAUCAAGUGGAUGUAUAUUUCAACCAAAUCGUGGUUACGUCUGCAAAUGAUCUAUACGCCUAUAGAGGAUACAUUGAAACCCUACUGACCUAUGGAACAGAUGCAAAGUCCUGA